AGCUUAUGAGCUGCUCGCAGUGGAAGGCUAUAGAGAGAGAGAGAUCGGAGAGCAAGCUAGCAUGGAGCCUUCUAGUGAUAACGAGCUCUCUGAACCCCUCUUGCUUUCCAAAUCAUCUUCAAUGCAAAUAGUGAGCCGUGAACUGGAAGACACACUAAACAACACUGAGCUCUCAUACUUCCAGCGCGUCCGAACCGGCACAUGGCUCGAGCUGAAGACCCUCUUCCGCCUGGCAGCUCCGGCGGUUGUGGUUUACUUGCUCAACAAUGUCAUAUCCAUGUCCACCCAAAUCUACUGUGGCCAUCUUGGCAACCUUGAACUCGCUGCCUCCUCUCUUGGCAACACUGGCAUUCAAGUUUUCGCCUAUGGCCUCAUGCUUGGUAUGGGUAGUGCAGUGGAGACACUGUGUGGUCAAGCCUAUGGUGCACAUAAGUACGACAUGCUAGGCAUAUAUAUGCAGCGAUCGACAAUCCUCCUCCUAGCAACUAGCAUCCCACUGAUGAUAAUUUACAUCUUCUGCAAGCCCAUCUUGUUAGGCCUAGGUGAAUCAGCCUCCAUUGCCGCCGCGGCAGCGAUCUUUGUCUACGGUCUCAUCCCUCAAAUCUUUGCCUACGCCUGCAACUUCCCCAUACAAAAGUUCCUCCAAGCCCAGAGCAUAGUGUUCCCUAGCGCCUACAUAUCGCUGGGGGCACUGGUGGUGCACAUAGUGCUAAGUUGGGUGGUGGUGUACAAAUUGGGAUGGGGCCUGUUGGGCGCCGCGUUGAUGUUGAGUUUUUCGUGGUGGCUUAUAGUGGUGGGGCAAUUUGUGUACAUAUUGUGGACGCCAAGGUGCAGACGCACAUGGACAGGCUUUAGCAUGAAGGCAUUUUCUGGGCUGUGGAGCUUUUUGAAAUUGUCUGUGGCAUCGGCCGUCAUGCUUUGCCUGGAGACUUGGUACUAUCAAAUUAUAGUUUUGCUUGCUGGGUUGCUUAAAAAUGCUGAAAUUGCAUUGGACGCUCUCUCUAUUUGCAUGACCAUAACUGGAUGGGUCUUCAUGAUUGCUGUGGGGUUCAAUGCUGCUGCAAGUGUGAGGAUUGGGAAUGAGCUUGGGGCAGGACAUCCAAAAUCGGCAGCAUUUGCAGUGGUGGUGGUGACUUCAAGCUCCUUCAUCAUAUCGGUGGUGUGCGCCAUAAUUGUGAUUGUUUUACGACAUGAUAUAAGUUAUGUGUUCACUGAGGGAGAAACAGUCUCCAAUGCCGUCUCUGACCUUUCUCCGUACCUUGCCAUAUCUAUCGUUCUCAAUGGCAUCCAACCUGUUUUGUCUGGAGUGGCUGUUGGGUGCGGAUGGCAAGCAUUUGUAGCAUAUGUUAACGUGGGAUGUUACUACGUCAUUGGGAUCCCAGUGGGUUGCCUUCUUGGAUUCAAGUUCGAUUUCGGAGCUCAGGUGACAAUACUAUUUUCCUAUUUUUAG